AUGGGAGUUUUGGCAGUGUUUUUGGCAAACUAUGGAGUUAAUGCCUGUAAAGUUGUGGUCAAGAAACUCAAGGGAGAAUCUAUCGAACGUAAACAGCAAUUCUCGAAGGAAGCUGAAAUGUUGAGCAGAAUUUCUGCGCAUGAGAAUAUACCAAUGUUUCUUGGGUAUUCUGAUGAUGGUUUAAUGAUGGAAUAUGCAGGGUUUGAUUUUAGUCCAUUUGACAGCGAGGUGGUGGUGUGUAAUCUGGACAAUUUUUUCUACUAUGUUGAUGGCAAAUUCUAUUUCAAUGCAUUUGCGGAUAUUUUACUGGUGUGCAUUAAAGAUACUGUGGCUGGCUUGGAUUAUCUACACAGGCACAACAUUGUCCACAGCGAUUUCAAACCAAGCAAUGUGUUAGUUUCCAAUCAGCACUACUGUUAUAGCAAGGAUAAGACAUUUGUUACUGAAAUGUACGCAGAGUGUCCAAUUGUCGGCAAGGUCGCAGACUUUGGAUUAAGCAGGUCUUUGGACGCUCAAUCUGUCCUGCGUUGA